AUGUAAUUAUGGAAGAUGUUUUCUUUCUCAUAAAUUAAAUUAAAAGUAGAUCAUGCUAAACAAUAAGAGCACCUAUAAAUAUUCAAAAAUUUACAGAAGAGAAAAGUAGAAUAUAUACAAGAAUGUGAACUUUUAGAGUUGUUUUAUAAUAUUUUAGAUAUAAAUCUGGUUAACAGAAAAAUAAUAGCAGAUAACAAAUUAUUCUUAACUAAAUUAAUCAAUUUUGGAUAAAAUAAUUAUAAACCUUAAUAUCUGUCAGAUGGUUUUAAUGAAAAAAUAGUUAGUGAUUAUGAAAUAUUAUUUAAUUAUCCUUUAGUUUCUACAGUGUUCAUUUAUGUUCACUUAAUAUGUGUAAGAUAAGAAAAAUAAAUGAAAUUAAUUUAAAUGCUUUGAAAUCAAUAGAAUUAGUUUAAUUAAUUUCGAAAGUUUGGGUAAUUAGGAUUCAGAAUUAUAAAAAAGCACCAAAUCAAAAUAAUUCAUAAAGUUUAAAUAAAACAAAUUAAACAAAAAAUUAAAAUGAAUAGAUUUAAGUAUCAUAAAAUAUUUAGGUAGAAAUUUAAUUAUUCAAUAAAAACUAGAAUAAUAUCAAUUUGAUUAUUAUAGUGAUUGGAUAGUAAAAGCUAUGA